GAGCGGCUGCGCUUCAGACUCAGCGAGAGGAUCAUGGCGGAUGGCCCCAGGUGUAAGCGCAGAAAACAGGCGAACCCGAAGAGGAGCAGCGUAACAGAAUUCAACAAUGGCUUGGAGGCCAGUUCAGACUCAGAUGACGAGGACAAGCUACACAUCGUGGAAGAUGAAAGUCUGCAGGACCCCGAGGUCGCCAACGCCGAGGGGGGCACGCCGGAGGACAGCCAUGACGCCACCACAACAGUAUUAUCGCUCAACGGCUCCCUGAACGGAGUGAAGGAGGAGUGUGUGUCGGAAGAAGAGGAGGAGGUGGUGAAGGAGAUUCUCCAGCAGGGAGACACAGCCGUCAUCUACCCCGAAGCCCACGAUGAGCAGAGUCCAGCAGAGACGGGAGGUGCAGAUGAAAAUGGCACCCCCGCCUUACACAUUUGCCCCUACUGCUCGCGGGGCUACAAGCGCAACGCCUCGCUGAAGGAUCACAUCAAGUACCGCCACGAGACCAGCGACGACAACUACAGCUGCUCGCACUGCAGCUACACCUUCACGUACCGCUCACAACUGGAGAGGCACAUGACCCACCACAAGAGCAACAGGGAGCAGCGUCACGUUUCCCAGCCGUCAGGAGGACCGGCUGGUUUCCGCAAAUUCAAGUGUAACGAAUGUGCCAAGGCCUUCAAGUACAAGCACCACCUGAAGGAGCACCUGCGCAUUCACAGCGGUGAGAAACCGUACGAGUGCUCAAACUGCAAGAAGCGAUUCUCUCACUCAGGCUCCUACAGCUCCCACAUCAGCAGUAAGAAGUGUGUGGGUACUGCGCAACCCAAUGGUGUCCCUCGAACAUUGAUGAAAGCCCCUCCCCCUCCCUCCCAGACCACGCCGGUCGUAAUAGCUCCAGCACGCAUGAUUCUUAAAGAGAAGACUGACAGCAAACCCCUGCAGGAGCAGAUUCCCGUCACCCAGAUCAAAUCUGAACCUGUGGAAUACGCCUGCAAGCCUGUGAUGGCUGCAACCACCACUUCAUCCGCCACCAACGGCGUGGUGAACGGCGGCUCGACGCAGCCGGCCGUGGUUCAGGCUGCGACCCUGCCUCAGGGCGUGGCCAUGGUCUUACCCACGGUCGGCCUGAUGUCGCCCAUCAGCAUCAACCUGAGCGACUUACAGAAUGUGCUGAAGGUGGCGAUGGACGGGAAUGUGCUCAGGCAGGUGCUAGGCUCAGCGAACGGCGUGGUGACGCAAGGGAAGCAGGGAAUUGUAGUCCAGCAGCCGCAGCAGCAGAUCAUCAGUCUGCCGGCCUUCGUGGAUCACGACGGCACCACAAAGAUCAUCAUCAACUACAGCAUCAACCCUGCAACCGCUACCACUGCCACGACCCAGCCUGCAGCGCUUGUUGCCAAAAACAAUCCUUUCCCCUCUCCUCCUACUGUCACCACUGCUGCAGCCCCCACCCCCAGCAAAACAGACAAACCCCCGACCCCAGAGGUGGCAGACCUCUCGCGCGUGAAGGCGGAGCCAGAAUCGAUGGCCAUCACGGAGUCAGACGCGGUCACACAAACGGAAAAGAAAACCGCUCGGACUUCAGACUCUCAGGCGGCUCACAUGCCAAAAGUGAACAGCUCCAGUACGUGUUUACUCUGCGACGACUGUCCCGAACUGGAGGCGCUGCACCUUAUUCAGCACCGCAAAGCGGCCAAUGGGGAGGCGGUGGACUCGGCCGCUUUGGACCCCUCCUUCGCCGACCUGUUGAGCGAGGCUGGGGUGACUCUGGAGGAUCAGCCUGUAGACGACCCCCUCUCUCUCCUCAAGGGUUACUUUGCCUCGCACGCCAAGCCCAGCGAGGAGGAGCUGGCUAAGAUCGCGGAGUCCGUCAGUAUUCCUGUUGACGUGGUCAGAAGGUGGUUCGCCAAGAUGAACUCUGGGGGAAAAAAUGCGCAGCAACACCGCAACAAUGCCACAGCGGCGUCCAAAAAGAAUUCCAGUUCAAAGGACGCCUUGAAGGAGAAUGGAGAGUCCGAGGGUGAAAGUACCCGUUUAACAUCCAACAGAGCGUCUUCACAAUCCAGCAGCGCGUCUUCCUCAGACUCCUCGCCACUCAACCUCAACAACGGCGACCUCGUCAUCGUGAAGAGCGAGCCAGAAGACCCGGAGCCUAUCGACUCGCAGGCGGAGCCGCUCGACCUCUCCGUUCCCAAACACAUCGCAGCUGCGUUAGACGCCAACGUGCCCCCGGUGAAGCAGCAGGAGCAGCCCCUGAACCUGACCUGCCUGAGGAAGGAGCAGUACGAAGGGCGGACCAUCUACGUCGCCACGUCGCAGGCCGCCAGACCCGUCAACAUCGUGAGCGCGGCGCAGCUCCCAACGUUGGUGGCGAUCGCGGGACAGGGAACGAUGAGCUGUCUGAGCACCAUCAACUCCACGACCAAGCGCACCAUCCUCAUCCCCCAGCUCACCUACACCUACGCCUCUACAGCCGGCAACGCCACCGGAGUGAAGACUGUGGUGCUCAACGGUCACACGCAGGAGAAGCAGCAGCCGCAGCAGCAGCAGCAGCUGGACACCGGCUCAGACUGCGUAGCCCCGGCGGAGGAGGACAUGGACCCGGAUACAAGUGUGCUGGCUAAGAAGCCCCGGCUUGAAAAGGGCGUCUACCCCUGUGAUCUCUGCUCCAAGGUUUUCCAGAAGGGCAGCUCCCUGAUCAGGCACAAAUACGAACACACAGGAAAACGUCCCCACGAGUGCCCGGUUUGCAAGAAGGCCUUCAAACACAAACACCACCUGAUCGAACACUCGAGGCUGCACUCCGGCGAGAAACCUUACCAGUGUGACAAGUGCGGGAAGCGUUUCUCUCACUCGGGCUCGUACUCCCAGCACAUGAACCACCGCUACUCCUACUGCAAGAACGACGGGUCGAAACCAGACCCCCGCCCUCGCAGGCCCCACGUGGAGCUCAGCGGCCACGAGGCUGGACUGCAGUCAGACAGCCGGACCACCACCCCACCCUCCCAGCUGGACUCAGACGAGAGGGAGAGCGAGGAAGACGACGACGACGAGGCCAUGUGCAUGGACGACAUCCGGGUCAUUCAGGUGGAUGACGGCGAGUGCGAGAUCUACGAGGGGAACUUUGAGGACGAUGACGAGGAGGAGGAGGAGGAGGAGGAGGAGGAGGAAGAGGAGAUGGAUGAAGAGUCGAUAAGAAGAGCGGCGGCCAUGGACUUAGCUUGUGAUGUUGUAGAGGUGGAGCUGCAGGAAGAUCACGUGGUGGAGGAAGAGACGGGGGGGAAAAGUGAAGGAAAGGGAGUAGCAAGUGCAAAUAAAGAAAAACUGGCAAACUGUGAACCAGACUCUGAAAAAAGAGUCGGGGAGGGGUCAGAGAGUUCUGAACCCGCUGUGGACUUGAGGACAAACAUCAAGAAACCUGUAGAGGUCAAGGCGACAAAGAUCGCUGAGCCUGCAGAGGCCAUGGCGACAGACGGCGCCAAGUCGACAGAGGCCAUGGCGACAGACGGCGCCAAGUCGACAGAGGACAUGGAAACAAAUGUCCCUGAGGACAUUGCGACAAACGGCGCUGAGUCUACAGAGGACAUGGCGACAAACGGCGCUGAGUCUACAGAGGACAUGGCGACAAACGGCGCUGAGUCUACAGAGGACAUGGCGACAGACAGCGCUGAGGACUUGACGACAAACAUCGCUGAGGCCACUGAGGUCAUGGCGACAAACGGUGCAGAGCCAACAGAGGACAUGGCGACAAACAGCGCUGAGGACUUGACGACAAACAUCGCUAAGGCCACUGAGGUCAUGGCGACAGACGGCGUUGAGUCUACAGAGGACAUGGCGACAAACAUCGUUGAGUCUACAGAGGACAUGGCGACAAACGGCGCCGAGCCUACAGAGGAAGCUACCACAGACAGUGGUGAACCCACAGAGGAAGAGGCAACUGAUGUAACCCAACCAACAGAAAAAGUCCUGAAAGACGUCGUCAAACCUCCAGCAGCAGCAGCAGCGGAGGAGAGGAGGAGGAGGAGGAGGAGGAGGCUACAGAUAUCACCCAACCUACAGAGGAAGUGACAUCAGACUGCGCCAAACCUACAGAUGAAGUAAUGACUGAUGGCACCGAACCCGCAGAGGAAAUGGCGCCAGACCGCGCUGAGCCCACGGAGAAAGUCACAGACGUUGGCCAACCCACAGAGAAAGUGUUGAAAGACUGCGCCGAGCCCUCGGAUGAAGUGACGACAGAUAGCGCUCAACCUACAGAAGAAGUGACGACAGACGCCAAAUAAACGAAGGAAAAUCUGUCCGGGGGACAGUUUGAAUCCGUAACUCACUGAAGUCGAGUUAUCCGAGACAAAACCGCAGAGAGGUCGUGAAGCGGCGGCGGUUGCCUGAUCUUAACGGUCCACUACUGUGUACAAAAACCCAGGUGUGCCUGAACUUGAAAACAGGAAAAAACAAAGACUUUUUUUUUUUCUUGUGGAAAAUGAAAUAUCAGUGUUGAAAUUGUUUAUAGAAGUACAGAUUUUAACUCACCCAUCAACUUGUUAGACUUGUUACUGAGACAUCCCAGGUUGUUUUUAUUGUUUUGUUUGUUUUCAUUUGGUCAGUGUUACUAAUCUCUUGACAUUUUAACCUGUAAAGUUGAGGAAGAUUUCUAUACCUUUUUAUUGCAAAUGAAGUUUCCUAAAUCAGUAUUUUAUUGAGUUCUACGAACAAAAACCUCUGCACUACAGUAUUCCUGGUUUACCUACGGAUACAUGCCUCAUGCAUCGUAUGCCCUUCAGUGUUAUAAAACGUACACUAGCUAGCCAGGUGUCGUUCAUGUGCGUGUUAGUUUGCUAGUUAGCGUUAGCUUUGUUUUCAGUUUGACUGUUAGCCUUAAAGAAAACAAAGUAAUCUUGGGGGCGG